AGAAUGUAGUCGUGGGGAAGUGGGGCAAAGUGAAGGGCGGAAGCUGUAGGGGAGCAGAGAUGGCUUCUCUUCCCUGUGUGCUGCUGACGAGCUGCGCUCCUGGAUUUAACGAGGAAGAGCUGGUUACAAAAAUUAUUGGGACAGAUGAGUUUCCUUCCAAUGCACAAGGAGACAAUGCAGUAAAGCAGUACCCCUGGCGGAUAGAUAACAAAUACUACUGUGCUGAUGUGAAUAUCUGUGUGGUGCCCAGCACAACCUAUGUAACUGCACAGAUAGCAGAGACAGUCCAGGCCUUCAUCGUUUACUUUGACAGCAAAAUGAAACUGGGUCUGGAGAAGGUGUCUGCGUGGCUCCCACUGUUGGAAGAUUGGGUGUUGGACGUGAUGAUCCUGGUGUGCGACCAUGUGUCAGAGACUGGAGUGAAUCACCAGACAGCACAGGAGUGGUGCAUCAAGCAUGGGUUUGAGUUGGUGGAGCUGAACCCUGAGGAUCUGCCAGAUGAAGACGAUGACUUCCCAGAAUCCACUGGUGUUACACGCAUUGUCCAGGCCUUGAAUGCCAAUGUGUGGUCUAAUGUGGAAAUGAAGAGUGAACAAGCCUUCGGGAUGUUCAGCUCAUUGGCUGCAGUGAAUCACACCCCAGAGACCAGCGACGAUCUACAGGGUGAUACUCCUGCACUCACUGAAGGAACUGUAGAUCAGUGCAGAGGAGAGGACUCCGGAAACCCCCAGGAUUCACAAGCGGAGACCAUAGUAGAUCCGAUGCUGGACCUGGACAUUAGAGAGCUCGCCAGUCUUACUUCAGGGGAGGGGGACAUAGAAAACUUCAGCCGGCUUUUUUCCAAACUACAGGAGAUGAAAGAUAAAGCUGCCACUUAUCCUUAUGAACAGAGAAAACUGCAUGCAGAAAAGGUUGCCAAAGCUUUCUGGAUGGCGAUUGGAGGAGACCGGGAUGAGAUUGAAGGUCUGUCUUCUGGUGAAGAGAGCUGAGAGUCACGAGCACCUGCUGUUUCCAAUAAGACUGGAGCAUUAAUACCACUAUCCUGGUUUGGUCAGGCUUCCAUCCCCCAUUCUAACCGCAGUGCUGGCCAGUAGUGAUGGGCGAAUAAAUUCGGCAGUAUAAAUUUGUGAAAACUGGCGCGAAAAUUCACCCACAUUCAAAAAUGUUAAAUCGGAAAAGUCACUCGCGUCAAAACCGUUGGGUUUCAACAUUAUUCGAAUGUCCAUUGACGGCGUCAAAAAUUACGUGGGCGUCAAAAUUAGCGUUUUGCAAAUUUCAUUUUUCGGCGACACGCCCAUCACUACUGGCCAGUCCCCACGAUGUUUCCACUUAGUAGUUACUUAUCCGUGAUUAUAUAUUUAUUAGAGGAUGUCAAAUUAAAUAAAAUAUUUUAUAUUCAUUAAA